AUGGCGGGAAAAGAUGGGUUUGGUGCUUUUAUGAAGAGAAAUCCAUACAUUAGUCUUAGAAAACCGGAGGCAACAAGCUUAGGCAGAAUUUCUGGAUUUAAUCAAGAAAGUGUUGCGUUAUUCUACAAGAAUCUUGGCAGUACACUUGAAAAGCUUAAAAUUGGACCUCAUCGGAUCUAUAACAUGGACGAGACGGGUAUUACCACCGUACAAGCUCCGACCAAAGUGAUUGGCCCAAAAGGCACCAAACAACUUGGGAAAGCGGUUAGCUAUGAACGUGGGCGGUUAUUACUGGAAAGGAUGUCAGAUCAGCUAAAAAGAAAUGGCCCAGUUGGUGCAAAAUACACCUGUUCUUCGAAAGGAUGGAUAACAGAGGGGUUGUUUGUUGAGCGGCUCCAUCAUUUUAAGCUGCAUACUGCUUGUUCUAUUGAUAAUCCUGAUCUACUCAUCCUCGAUAACCAUGCUAGCCAUUGUUCCCUGUCAGCUUACAACUUCUGUCGUGCAAAUGGUAUUACUGUAUUAUCUUUCCCACCACACACGAGCCACAAGCUUCAACCUUUGGAUCUCACUGUUUACGGUCCUUUAAAAAAAUCAUAUUCAAACGAGUGCUCCACUUUUAUGAGACAAAAUCCCCACCAAAAGAUUACCCCAUAUGAUGUGGCAGAAAUAUUUAAUAAGGCAUUUGUAAAGAUCGCGACAAUAGAAAAAGCCCAAAAAGGAUUUCAAGUUAGUGGAAUUUGGCCUUAUAACCCAUCGAUAUUUAGCGAAGAUGAUUUUCUCCCAGCAACUGUUUCUAGAACCAAUCUAAUAACUGAUGAAUCGAUUCACGUGGAACAUCCCUAUUUCAGCGCGGCUGCUCGGAGUGUUCGUGAAGUUCUUCGAAAUGUGGUUAUGUUUGAAUUUGCCGAUUGUGAAAUUGUGAUUACCGUUGAAUCGCCGAAUGUAGUACCGAGUACCGAUUAUUUUUGGAGCUACGGCCACGAAGAUAUCCGAAAUUUCUUUAAAAAGACUGUAACGGUUGAUAAUAAUUCUAGUUCCAGUGAAGGUCUCAGUUUCAGUCGUUGUUACUCUAGUAGUUCUAGUACUGUUGAAAUAUCAAAAAAACAAGACCCCGAAUUAAGUAAAAUUAGGGCUGUGCCUGUGGUAAGCGAGCAAAACUAUGAUUCAGAUGUUGUCGGUCUAGGUCUUAUUAGUGAUUUAGAUAUUGGAUACGCGGCAGAAACAGAUAUUAAUUUGGAUCGCAGCAUGCGAUAUAAGCUUCUAAAAAGUGCAUGGAGACCAACAAAUAAUUAUCAGUUCCCAAUGAGAAAGGAAAAAAAACAAAAUCGAAGAUUCAAUAUCGACUGGUUGAGCAAAUUCAAUUACUUAUCAUAUAGUAAAUUAAAAGAAGGUGUCUUUUGUAGAUUAUGUGUACUUUUUGCACCUUCUGGAGCUGGAGUGGGUUUUCAGACUCUCAAGGUUUUGGUCCGAGAGCCAUUACAGAAAUACAAAGACGCUAUUAAAAUAUUUGAGGAACACGCCAAAAAACAAUACCAUCUAAAAAGCCUGGAGCGUGCUGGAGAUUUUAUAAAAAAUUAUGAAUCCAGUAAGGAUGUUUGCAUGAUGCUGGAUAAGGAAGUAGAUAGUGUUAUUAAAAGAAACAGAGAGAGACUCAUUCCAAUUAUUAAAACAAUAAUUUUUUGUGGAAGGAAUAAUCUCUCGCUAAGGGGACACCGAGAAGGUGGAAGCUUAGAUUCUGAAGACAAUAAAAACAUAUUAUCUGGCAAUCAAGGCGUAUUUAGAGCUCUACUUGCUUUUAGAAUUGAUUCUGGAGACACUACUCUAAUGCAACAUUUUCAAAAGUGUGGGAACAACAGCAUGAUGAUAAGUGGAAAAAUUCAGAAUGAUUUAAUAAGUUCCAUCGGAGAAGAAGUGCGAAGUGUUAUUGUGGAAAGGAUCAAAAAAGCUUAUUGUUUCACAGUUUUAUUAGACGAAACCACAGAUUGUUCUAAAAAAGAACAGUUAACAAUUUGCGUAAGAUAUGUGGAUUUGCAGGCUUUCAUUAUUCGUGAGGAAUUCUUAGGUUUUGUGGAAAUGAAGUCAACCACAGCUAAAGCCAUUACGGACACAUUAUUACAGGAACUAACAAAUAUGGGACUGAGUCUGGAAAAUCUUCGAGGUCAAGGUUAUGACGGAGCUGCGAAUAUGUCCGGAAGUUUUAAAGGUGUCCAAGCACUAAUCCGGAAAGAGCAACCACUGGCCUUAUACACUCAUUGUUUUAAUCACUCGCUUAAUUUAGCUGUUUCCAAAUCAUGCGAUUUGAGUGCAAUUAAAAAUGCGAUGGGAAUUGUAGCAAGUGUUUCUACAUUUUUAAGUGGUUCUGCAAAACGAGUUAAUAUGAUGAAUGAGAUAAUUGAUGAACAAGAGGCCAUCUCAGAAACUAAGAGAAGAAAACUGAAAUCACUCUGUGCAACACGAUGGGUUGAAAGGCAUGACACAUUAAUCACGUUCAAAGAUUUAUUGCCUGUUAUUGUCAUAACCUUACAACAAUUGGAAAACGAUAAAGAUAACGAAACUUCGCGAAAUGCAAUGUGCUAUGGUUCGUCUAUAAAAAGAAGCGAUUUUUUGGUUUCCCUAUGGGUCACUGCUUAUUUAUUCGAAUAUUCAGUAACAUUAAGUACUGUUCUUCAGAGCAAGGACUUAGAUAUUUCUGCAGCUUUGGAUAAUGUGACGACUUUAAUAAACACAUUUAAGGAUUUAAGAUCUACCUCAGAAGACAUAUUCAACAAAAUAUUUGUUGAUCUUAAAAACUCGUCGGAACGUCUUGGAGUAGAAAUUAAAAUUCCAAGAUUAUGUGGAAGACAAACCCAAAGGAAUAACACCAUUUCAUUGAAGAGCUCAAAUCAAGGUUUAAUGAUAGAUUGGCAGAAGUAAUUCCGUUA